AUGGUCGUAACGCAAAUCCACAGUGUUCUUCAACGCCUACGACAAGAACAUUUCGUCGCCUCCAUACUCUUCGCCGCCGCAGCCACCACCAUACUUCUAAUUACGAUACUACUCCAGUACUUCAAACCAGUCGGAAAACGCAGAGGGAAAGAUGGAAGACGUCCCGUUCUGCCACCAGGCCCCGAAGGCGUUCCCCUAUUCGGGAACCUGCUUCAAGUCAAUGCCAGCAAAGGAGACCCCUACAACAGAGGCCUCCUCUCCAUGGCAAAAUACGGAGAAAUGACUACCCUCCACCUAGGCUCAAAGACUCUAGUCCUCCUAAACAGCAGCCGCGUCGUCAGCGAGAUCAUUGCCAAGCGAAGCAGCCAGACGAGCACCCGAACUCCCAUGCCCAUCUCCAACGACAUCGUCGGCCGCAACCGCAAGUCCCUCAUCAUGUCCCAAAAGGACUGGGCCGAGCCCCGGCGCGUCAUGCACUCCCUCCUCAGCGGCACCGCCCUCCGCCAGUACGGCGAGUUCCAGGAGCUCGAGAGCACUCAGAUGAUGGCCGAGUACGUCUUCAAGCCGGGCAUGUGGUACCGCCACCACUACCGCUACGCCAAUUCGGUCAUCCACCGCAUCGCCCUCGGCGAGCGCCUGGUCAAGAGCGAGGAGGAGCUCGUCGACAUGCAGAAUGCAGUCACCUUCUUCGUCGGCUCCAUCGGCUCCAGCAUCAUCGACUGGUUCCCCGACCUCGCAAAACUCCCGCGCUUCCUCCAGCUCUGGCGCCCGCACUGGGAGGCUCUCGGCCAGUGGAACUACGACCUCUACGACCGCUGGUACAGCCCCAUCGCCGCAAAGGUCGAAAACGGCACCGCGCCCCCGUCCUUUGUCCGCGACACGCUGCUCCACCCAGACACGAAGUACAAGGGCGACCACGUCGACGGCAUGUACGUCGCCAUGCAGCUCAUCGAGGCCGGCAGCGACACUACCCGCGAGGCCCUCAACAUCAUGACCAUGGCGGCGCUCGAGUACCCGGCCGUCUUCCGCGCCGCGCGCGCCGAGGUCGACGCCCUCUGCGGCGUCGACGAGCAGGCCCGCCUGCCCACCCUCGCCGACAUGGACGACCUAAAGUACAUUUGCGCCAUGGCCAAGGAGAUUUUGCGCUGGCACGUCAUCUUCCCGCUCACGCCGGACCACACGACGUCCGCAGACAUGGAGUUUGAGGGUUACUACUUCCCUGCGGGCACCGGGUUCGCCAUCAACGGCCCCGCCGUCGCCAACGAGUGCGAGGACCCGGACGAGUUCAAGCCCGAGAGGUGGUUAGACGGCCACGAGGCGGAUAUCGCGCACGGGUUAUGGGCUUUUGGCGGCGGGCGGAGGAUAUGUGUGGGAUACCGCCUGGCUCAGCGCAGCAUGUUUUUGAAUAUUGCUAGGCUGGUUCAGUGUGUCGACUACAAGCCUAACGGACCAUACAACAGAAACAUUCUGAAUCUGGAGGCCACGGGUGAGCCCUUCCCCGUCAAGGUCGAUAUGAGGAAUAAGCAUUACGAGUCUCUCAUCCUGCGAGAGGCUCAGGUUGCUGGUGUUUUGGAGGACGCCAAGCUGAUGCGAGACUAA